AUGAAGAACAUUUCUAACAAAUAUCUUACGAAGAACAAGCGCAUGGAUAUGACAAGUCCGGACCAGCUAGACGAGGAUGACUGGAUCUCAGCAAUCACCACUCCUUCGAAACCUCGUGUGAGACGUGCCCUAGAAAGUAACGACACUAGCAUUAUCUUUCUGGCAAGAGACAGGGCUCUCAGAGACCUCGUUAAUUCGCGCCUUCUCGAAGAAUCCGUGAAAGCAGACUUAAGUUUGGAUGAAGACGACUCUUCUGAGUUUGACCACCAUCUCGGAGAUCAAACCUUAGAAUCUCCUUUUCCUCGUACACCACCUCGAAGGUCCGGUUAUCCACUAGAAUCCUUUGCACUUCGUGACAGCCCAUUCUCAUCCUCACGAUAUCCUUAUUCCUCUCCGACUGUUACACUCGCACUUAUCCGCAACGAUAUUCCAAGUAUCCAUACUCCAACCUCUGUGAACAGCUGGCUCAACGAACCUUUCGGAACUAAUGGUCACCACGAUGUUGAGAACACGAAAAGAAAGGCAGGGAGACGCGAAACUACUGGAUGUCUUUUUGGUCUGAGACUCGCGUCGACUGGUAGCUCUUAUUCAAUCUCAAGUACAGACCCUCUGGUUGAAGUGGAAGAAGAAACUGGAGAAGAUGGAGAAAGCAAUACCAAAUCUGCGUCUCGACUGGAUAGCUCUUCGUCUGUCGGCUCUUGUCCAGGAGCGUCUACUCCUACACCCACCCUCGUUUGA